CCAUUGCAGCUCCAUCUCGCUAAGUUGAACCCAAAGGGACGGGAACCUGGGAACCUCUCCCCUUCUUCUGCCUCUGCUUCCCCCAGCAGCGCGUCUCAAUGUGUCUCCUGCAGGACAACUCACACCUUCUCUCUGGGCUUCUGCUUUUCUCGGCGUUUUGCUGUGAAAUUCCUGCACGGUUUUCUAGUUGAACUUUGCAGCAAAGAGCAGCUUCCUCCUUUUCCCUUCGUGGUUUUACACACACAUCUAUAUUUUUGUACUUUUUUGUUUGUUUCUUGUGGAAGUGAUGGCGGAGCUGCGAGCGCGUCUGCUGCUCCUUUUCAUUUCAGGUCUUACUCUCAGGUCUCUUGCAGAUAAAGGUUCUGCGGUGAGGCCGUUCACUCUGCUGCGAUUCACAGUGGAGCCGGUGGACAUGUUAGCUGUACGGGGUUUGCCUGCUUUGUUGAACUGCUCGGUGGUGAGCGAGUAUCCAGUGAGGGUGGAGUGGAAGAAGGACGGUACAUUCCUCAACCUGGCUGCAGAUGAGCGCAGACGCAUCCUCCCCAGCGGCUCUCUGUUCAUCAGCACCGUGGAGCACUCUGUUCACAACAAGCCAGACGAGGGUAUCUACCAGUGUGUGGCCUCCAUCGACAACCUGGGCACCAUCAUCAGCCGCUCCGCCCGAGUCACCGUGCCAGGUCUGCCGCAUUUCUCCAGCCAACCAGAGAGUGUAUUUGUACAACCUGGGGGUAAUGAGGUGCUAAUCUGUGAGGUGAGUUUGGAUCUCGCUCCCUUCACGCACUGGCAGAGGAACGGGCAGGCUGUAGAGACGGACACACGGCUGCUAAAGCUGCCCCACACGGCUCUGGUGAUCAGCAAUGCUUCGCAGGCCGAUGCUGGUGUGUAUCGAUGCAUCAUAGAGGGACUGGGGCCAGCCAAGAUGAGCCAAGAUGCUCAGCUAGAGCUUUUAUCAGACUCUGCUGUUGAGAGAAUGGAAGUCCUAAUGGGCCCGUCUGCUGUGUCCAAGCCGGUAGGAGACACUGUGCUCCUGCCAUGCGUGGUGAAGGGCUUCCCACUCCCUGUCAUUCGCUGGACACGGAACAGCCAGGUCAUUGAUGAGAGUGAUGAAAGGUUUGCUGUGAUUGGUGGAGGCAGCCUGCAGAUUGUCAAUGUGACUGAGGAUGAUGCUGGUACCUACAGCUGUCAGGCAGACAAUGGCAACGAGACCAUCGGGACCCAAGCAGAGCUUAACGUGCAAGUUCCCCCUCGGUUCCUAAAGAAACCAUCGAACAUGUACGCUCACGAGGCCAUGGAUAUCAUCUUUGAGUGCGAUGUCGUGGGUUCCCCAGCCCCCACGGUGAAAUGGGUGAAGAACGGAGAUGCAGUCAUCCCCAGUGACUACUUUAAAAUUGUGAACCAGCAUGAUUUGCAGGUGCUAGGAUUGGUGAAGUCUGACGAGGGUUUUUAUCAGUGUGUUGCUGAGAAUGAGGUCGGCAACACCCAGGCCAGUGCCCAGCUCAUUAUCCUGGACCUUGACAUUGCCCUCCCAACGUCUCCUGUCCCCUCACUGACCAGUGCCACUACUGACCAUGUAGACUCUGGGGAACGUUCAGGCUCCAUCCCAUCACCCCCGCGCGACCUCAUGGCCUCACUUGUCUCUACCCGCUUCAUCAAACUCACCUGGAGGCUUCCGGCCGAUCCACAUGGGGACAACCUGACCUACUCUGUCUUCUACAGCCUCGGGGGCUCCAGCAGGGAACGUGUUGAGAACACCACAGCUCCAGGAGAACUGCAGGUCACCAUCGACAACCUCGUCCCCGACACUAAGUACACAUUCAGGGUGGUGGCGUCCAACAGAAACGGCCUGGGUGAAAGCUCUGCUCCCCUUACAGUGGCCACCCAGCCUGAAGUGCAGGUACCAGGACCUGCUCCCAACCUGCAAGCUGUGUCCAUCACACCUACUACAGUCACUUUGACCUGGGAGAGACCACUCACAGGGAAUGGAGAGAUCCAUACCUACAAACUUUACUACAGCGAGAAAGGAAAAGACGUGGAGCAGGACAUAGAUGUUGUAGGUUUGUCUUACACAAUGACAGGACUGAAGAAGUUCACAGAAUACAGUUUCAGAGUCGUGGCCUACAACAAGCAUGGAUCUGGAGUGUCUACUGACGACCUGAGCGUUCAAACACUUUCUGAUGUACCAAGCGCUGUACCUCAGAAUAUCUCUCUGGAAGUCCAGAACUCAAGAAGCAUUAUGGUACGGUGGCAGCCUCCCCCUCCCGGCACCCAGAACGGGGAGCUGACAGGUUAUAAGAUCCGUUACAGGAAAGCUGGGAGGAAAGGAGAUGCAGCUGAGAUUAUAACUAAUAAACCCUUUCAACUUAUUGAUGGUUUGGAAAGAGGAACAGAGUACUCAUUCCGGCUGGCAGCCAUCACAGUGAACGGCAGUGGCCCAGCAACUGAGUGGAUUCCUGCCGAGACCUUUGAGAACGACUUGGAUGAGUCUCAAGUUCCUGGAGCGCCCAGUUCGCUGCACGUGCGUCCGCUGGUGAAUAGCAUCGUCGUGAGUUGGACACCUCCACAAAACCAGGACAUCGUGGUAAGAGGCUACAGUAUUGGCUAUGGGAUAGGCAGUCCUCACUCCCAGACCAUUAAAGUGGACUACAAACAACGUUACUACAGCAUUGAAAACCUGGACCCAAGCUCACAUUAUGUGAUUACGCUGAAGGCCUUCAACAACAUGGGAGAGGGAAUACCUGUGUACGAGAGUGCCAUCACCAGGCCUCAAUCAGAUCCCAUCGAGCCAGAUAUUGAUUUAUUUAAAAUGUAUCAUCAUACCCCUCACACCCCAGCACCCGAGCCUUCCCCCAUGCUUCCCCCAGUGGGCGUGCAAGCCUCCGUCAUCAGCCACGAUGCCGUCAAAGUCUCCUGGGCCGAUAACUCCUUAUCCAAGAACCAGAAGAUCACCGACUCCAGAUAUUACACAGUUCGCUGGAAGACCAACAUACCAGCCAACACCAAAUAUAAGGUUGCCAACACCACCACUCUAACAUACACAGUAACAAACCUGAAGCCCAACACGCUGUAUGAGUUCUCAGUCAUGGUGACCAAGGGUCGGCGCAGCAGCACGUGGAGUAUGACUGCUCAUGGCACCACCUUGGAGACUCUUCCCACAUCCGCACCUAAAGAUGUGACAGUGGUGAGUAAAGAAGGUCGUCCCCGCACCAUCAACAUCAACUGGCAGCCACCAUCAGAGGCUAAUGGCAAAAUCACAGGCUACAUAAUUUACUACAGUACGGAUGCGAAUGCAGAGGUACAUGACUGGGUCGUAGAGCCGGUGAUGGGGAACAGACUGACCCACCAGAUCCAGGAGCUGACUCUAGACACCACGUAUUACUUUAAGAUCCAGGCACGCAACUCGAAAGGCAUGGGGCCGCUCUCUGACACGGUGCACUUCCGCACACCAAAAGCUGAGCCCACUGACAAAAUGUCAAGUGAUCAAGUAGGCUUUCAGGGAAAGCCAGGUGGACGUUCUCCCCUGCCAGAUCACGGAUUUGGAUCCUCCUUAGAUAAGCCAGGAAUCACAGGCAGUCAGGAAAAUCAUAUCCUGGUGAUCAUCAUCAUCGUAUCAGUGGGAGCGUUCACUAUCAUCACCUUGGUAGUGGGUGCAUUCCUGUGUACACGCCACUCCAACUCCCAUCAGAAAAAGAAGCGUGCUGCCAGUAAGUCCAGUAAUGCCUCUCACAAGUAUAAAAGCACCUCGAAAGACCUGAAGCCUCCAGACUUGUGGAUUCAUCACGAGCGGCUGGAGAUGAAGUCUAUCGACAAAUCGCCUGAGCCCAACGUGGUGAUGACGGAGACACCCAUCCCCCGCAGCACACAUGAGCCCUCCAGUGGUCAUGAGGUUGAGGAGACUGUGUCUACACUAGCUGGAAGAAGAGGAGUGAGACCCAAAAUAAUGAUGCCCUUCGACUCACAGCCUCCACAACCUGUUAUUAGUGCACAUCCCAUCCAUUCUCUUGACCACCUUCAUCAUCACCAUCAUCAUCACUAUCACCCUCCACCACGUGGUUACCUCCAUCACCAGAUAAGCUUGAGGGCUCCUGCUACGCCCUCUUCCUCUGGCCCUUAUUUAGACAGCCCUUCUUCAGAAUCUGUAAGGACUCAGGCGCCUGUCCCCGAGCUGCCGGUGGCCCCCAGCACAGCUGAGCUGCAGCACACAGAGGUGCUGAUUAAAGAGGAUGAGGCGCACUGCUAUAAACCUCCCACAGCCCACAUCCACCCCACACACCCCAUGAAGAGCUUCACCGUGCCCACCGUCACCGUGUCAACUCACAGCACACCCAACUCUGCCCUGCCCUGCACCGUGCUCAUGCCCCCACCAGUUCCCAGUGUGAAGACGGCCUGCAUUGGCACCCUGGGCAGAGCUCGUGCCCCUGUGGCGGUCACUGUGCCCAGUGCUCCUGACCAAUCAGAAACCAGCAAGCUGCUACCACAGAAAGAGUCUGUUACCUACAGGACAGAUGAGCUGUCGGAGGAGAUGGCACAUCUGGAGGGCUUGAUGAAAGACCUGAACGCCAUCACAACCGCCUGAAAGCAUUAACCUCCAUAAACAUAACCUCUGAGAAAAGACUCAAGGCUUUGAGAGGAAACAACCACAUUAUUUUCUCAGCGAGGGACAAGGGGACGUGCUUCACAUAUUUUGGUUCUGGAUCAGCAGGUGAGGGAAAAAGUUGCAGAGGAAAGCAGUGCAGCGACAAGUUUCACUAAUCAAAAGCAAGUACUCGGAGGAAACUGGACGUUUUUAAUGUUGUAGUUUUGUGACUUUUUCAUAGAGGUAAUUUUGUGUUUGCUUCUAUGUACAGUACCAGUCAAAAGUUUGUACACCCCUAGGUUUUUCUGUGUUUUGACUAUUUUCUACGUCAGCCUUUCUCGACUGGGGUGCCGUCAAAAAAUUAUAUUUUCUAACAUUGAAAUAAAUAAAAUGAUUUAAAAUUCCAAAAAAUGAUACACUAAUGCAGAUCAUCGCCACCUCAUGGAUCAUCAAAAUUUGUCUCACGGCCCCCUUUCCCAUGUCACGACAUCACUGCCAAGGUCAGCGUAUGGUCAGCGUGACUGCGUAUAUUUUAUAUGGAGGUGCCUUGAGAAUUUGCAUACUUCUGAAGGGUGCCGUGACUGAAAAAAGGUUGAGAAACGCUGUUCUACGUCACAGAACAAUACUGAGGACAAAAAAAGUAUGAAAUAACAUCUGGAACAUAUAUGGAAUUAUAUGGUAAAAAAAAGUGUUAUCAAACAAAUUAUGCUUCAUAUUUUAGAUUAUUCAGCAUAGCCACUGUUUACCUUGAUGACGCUUUACACACUAUUGGCAUUAUCUUAACCAGCUUCAUGAGGUAGUCACCUGGAAUGCUUUUCAGUUAGGUGUGUCUCGUCAAAAGUUAAUUAGUGCAAUUUCUUGCCUUCUUAAUGUGUUUGAGAUCAAACAGUAAAUAAUAAAAAUACAGUCUUCUUCUUCUUCUUCUGGCUGCUCCCGAUUAGGGGUCGCCACAGCUGAUCUUUCGUCUCCAUCGCUCCCUGUCUUCCGCAUCCUUCUCUACCACACCUGCCACUUUCAUGUCCUCUCUCACCACAUCCAUGUAUCUCCUCUUUGGCCUUCCUCGUUUUCGUGUGCCUGGCAGCUCCAUCCUCAACAUUCUCCUUCCAACAUGCUCUGCAUCUCUUCUCAGGAUGUGCCCAUACCAUCUCAGCCUCAUCUCUCUUAGCUUAAUUCCCAAGCUCUCCACAUGUGCUGUCCCUCUGAUGUACUCGUUCCUUAUCCUGUCCAACCUCCCAUCGCAAACCUUAACAUCCUCAACUCCGCCACCUCCAACUUUGCCUCCUGUCUCUCCGUUAAGGGUACGGUCUCCAAUCCAUACAUCACAGCUGGUCUCACUGCUGUCUUAUACAUCUUACCUUUCACUUUUGCUGGGACUUUCCUAUCACAAAUGACUCCCGAAAUCCUUCUCCAACUGCUCCACCCUGCCUGCACUCUCUUUCUCAUCUCACUAUCGCAGCCCCCAUUUUCCUGCACAGUUGACCCCAGGUACUUGAAUUCACCAGUAAACAGCCCUAUUCCACAACUGCAGUAAUCCAUAUUAUGUCCAGAACCACUCAACUAAGUAGAGAAACGACAUCCAUCAUCACUUUAAGACAUGAAGAAGUGUCUUUUAAUUAAUAAAAAUAAAGAAAAAACACUGAAUUAGAAGGCGUGUCCAAACUUUUGACUGGUACUAUAUACGCGCACUCUGUGUGUGUAUAUAUUAUUUUUGUUCUUUACAUUUUACACGCUCAUUUGUAAAUUCAUACACACCAUUUUUGAAAGGUGUGUAUUUAUAUGGACUCCAUUUAAAGUCACCAUGCUGUUUGUUUCCUUACCCAUAAAAGGGAACGUGUGUUUGUUCAUACGAGUGUGAACGUUGCCUUCGGGCUAAAAUGGCCGCGUUGUUUAAAACUCCACAUUGAAGAAUGAAUAGGUUCCUUGGACUACAGAGAGACGAUGCGGUGUGUUCUUUCCAAGAGAACCUUGUAGCAUGAAAUUUUAAAUAUGCAUCAUAAAUUAUAUUACAGGAGAUUACAUACAGGAUACUGAUAUGUAUAGUAGGAUGUAAAGGCUAUUUUUGCUAAUUAAAAAAACAACAACAUUGCAUCAAGUCUACAGUGCUGUAGUUUACAUGGUGGAUGGAGACAUGACGCGUUUGGACCUUGAGUCUUUGCAAGAGCGUCACCUUUAACACCUCCUCUGCUCAUGAUUCAAGACCAUCUGUGUGGGAGCUGGAAGCACCACAAACUGAAUGAUGUCAAUAGUUUUAUCUGACCUGAAGCGAUUCAGUGACUUGGAACUUUUAAGAAAUGCACCAAUUUUCUCCUUUCUACAUUUCCAAAAGACACUUUUUCUAUUGUGUGAGUUGUUUUUUUUUUUAUAAAAGAAAAGUACAUUGAUUUGUAAAUUAUGAGGUACAAGGAUCCCCUAAACUUCUGUUCCAGCACUCCUCCUAAUGCCAGAUCCAUUCCCAUGUACAUUGUUUCAUACAAAUGAAUGUUAAUGUGAUGGUAAGAAAUCCUGCUAAUGAAGUGUUUGUGUGUUUACAAAAUAUUUGGGGAUGGAGAUGCUGAACUGUGGAAACAUUUGCUGAACCGUCCAAACGUCAUUUGCACAUUUUCUAUGGAGUUUAAAAAGGAAACACUGAUGUCAUGUAUUAAAAAAAAAAAAAACAUACAAACCAUGAACCUAUUUUCUGUAAUAACGGAGCUGGUUUUAUGAAUACUGUCGUUUGAUUUGACCUUGUACUACGAACUCGUACUGCUUAUUUUUG